AUGCAGAUCUUCAAUUCUACUGGUUUUCAUGAUCAUGCUGAACUGUGUCAUACUUUCCCUGAAUUAUGUUGUUCUGCGUUUUGUUUCAGGCAUCAUCUUGCAACAUAUGCUAAAGCUUUCCCAGCAAAAUUCAUUCUUGGAUACUGUUCAACAUACAUAUUCAUGCAGACAUUUAUGAUUCCCGGCACCAUUUUCAUGUCAUUGUUAGCUGGAGCUCUCUUUGGCGUUAUCAGAGGCCUUUUCUUGGUUGUUUUUAAUGCCACGGCUGGAGCAUCAUCUUGCUAUUUUCUGUCCAAGUUAAUAGGCAGGCCCAUAGUUCACUGGUUGUGGCCUGACAAGUUGAGAUUUUUUCAGGCAGAGAUAUCAAAGCGUAGGGAAAAGUUGCUGAAUUACAUGCUUUUUUUGAGGAUUAGUCCAACCUUGCCCAACCUUUUCAUCAAUCUGGCAUCUCCAAUUGUGGAUAUACCAUUUCAUGUUUUCUUUCUGGCAACAGUGAUUGGACUUAUUCCAGCUUCAUAUAUCACUGUCAGAGCUGGCCUUGCUCUUGGGGAUCUGAAGUCAGUCAAAGAUCUGUACGAUUUCAAGACCUUAUCUGUGCUUUUCCUCAUUGGAUCUGUCAUUAUAAUUCCUACCCUCUUAAAGAGGAAGCGAGUGUAUGAAUAAUAGCCACCGGCUGGCUCCCUCCGCUUUAUUAAUCAAAGGGAGCUUGAGAUGAUUACUACUUGACUGUAACACAGAUUAUAGGACACAAGAAAGAAUUAAGGUGCACGACCCUUGUUGUCUAGAUAACCUUAAGGCAGGAUGUGUCUUCAUCUUUGCUUGUGAUACACACCAGUUGAUUACUCGCCCUACAAAAGCACAAAAAGCAGAUGUAUUCCUUCAUUUGAUUGUUUCUGUAUGUUAAUCCGUAUGAUCUCCCAGUAGGGAUUAUAUGGGAAUUCUGGACUAUAGGUGUACUAUGGAAUGUUGAUAGUAGCAUCUCUAUACACGAUGAUUUCUGAUUGAAUUGUUAGAGCCAUUUCGGUCAUGUAUUAGGAAAAGGAUAUAUAUUUAAACACCUUCGUGUGGCCAUUCGUUUCA